AUGCAGAACAUCACCGAUCAAGAGCUUCAGCGGGAAGUCGAGGCACUCAAGUCUCAUCGACGCAUCUCGGUGAAUCGACCCAUUCUCGACCCAGACCUCCCGGACAUGGCUGCUGUUCGCGGCGGCGGGCAGGAGAUCAUGGCUGCUUCGCCGCAUCGACAGGAGAGCAGUGCGAGUAAUCGCAGCAAUAGGAGUGGGGGAAGCGAUGGCAGCGGCGGCAGCGGCGGCGGCGGAGGUGGUGUCGCGAGUCCACACGCUGCGAGCCCGCCGUCAAGUCUGAGGUCGCUGAGGAGACCCAUGGGAGUCACGCUCAAUGACGAUGGACCGUCGAAUAGGCAGACAGGAGCGUCUGGAUCGUCUUCGUCGAAUUCAGGCGCCGGCUCUGGGUCUGGACGUCAGGCAUUCACUGCUAGGCGGCGUGGCCCUGGUGGCGAGGGAACAUCAAUCCGUAAUCGCCCUCGAAGUCCGAGUGCUCAAGCAUUAGCCGCAUCGUCCUCUGCAGCUGGAUCCUCCGCAUCAUCAUCUCCCUCGUCAUCGACAGACAGAGGAGGGCCUACGGACCCCUCUCACCUCUUCUGGGUGCCUGCCUCCAUCCACCCAGAGAUCUCCCCUUCCCACUUCAAGCAGUUCCUCCAAGAACACGCCUCAAGAGCAGUAAGAGAAGGGACCCCACCUCCAGGCGAAGCCGGCCUCAACCCUCUCAACUCCUCCCUCUCCUCGUCCUCGUCCUCUUCCUUCGGCGUUGUACAGCAACCCACGUCGCCUACUUCCCCCAUCCUCGACAACACGCCCCCACCCAGUCCCAUCAGCUUCGCCUCCCGCCAAACCAGCAUCGCCCGGCGUGGCAGCACGCUCCGUAGACAAUAUCGCCCAGAGAACGAUACGGAUGACGAUGAGGCCCCACCACAAUCUGUGGCGCCUGUCCACAGAGCAGGGGAGCCAGCGCUCAGCAUCAUGGACCUGCAGAAGCUCGAGGCCCUCGCCGAGGAAGCGAGCAAGAGUAGCGACGAGAAUGAGCUACGGAGCGUCCUGAGGCGGACGAUGAGCUUGGGAGCCGGGCCUGGGGCGACGAUGGAUACCGUGGACGCUGUCCCUCCUCCAGCAGGGGAGGAUGGAGACUCGCCCCUCAUCGUUCCUCCGCCUGGACAGAUAUUGAGGAGAGCAGCCCGCACCAAGAUCAGGAAGAGCUCCAUGUCCGGAGUAGAGGGGGAGCAGCGUUCCUCCCUCUCGUCGCGCAUGUCCCGGCGUCGAGCCAUGGCUGGUCAGUCCAUGAGUGGAGGAAGCGACACGGCGUCAGAGGCAGAGACGACGAUUACUGAGCGCGGCUCUCGUGGAGCAGACGACGAUCUGUCGUCGGUGGGUCUCUCCCUCAUGCAACGCAGAGCCAGUGAUACGUCCGACUUGUCCUCUUCAGGCGACGAUGAAGGGAGAGAGUUGGGAUCCAGAGACGAUACGACCGAGUCCAUCUUUGAUGCCUACUCUCGCGAAUCGCGCGAGUCGAUCUUCUCCGAGGGGAGUCAGAGAACUAGCACGACGAGCAUCACGGGUGGAGACGAUACGUUCGAGGGGAUGUUGAGCAAGUGGAAUCUUGACGAUCGAGCUGCGGGUGCGAGCCAGCAGGGCGUCAGCAAGUCGCCCCCGGAUACGCCGACACAAGCAUCCAUCAAGUCCAGCGGGGCAGGGGCAGGCAUGGGAGGAGGAGGGUACUUCGAUAUCCCGUCCCGCUCAGUGCAAGAAAGCGGCCGUUCGAGCAGCAGACAGGGCACGAUGCUCGUUGACUCCCCCGUACAGUCACCAGAGACAGAGGCACAGCCCCAGCCUGCCCUCACAUCGUCCCUGGACCAACGCGCCCAGACGGACCCGCCUUCCCCCUCCAACUGGCCCGUCGCCGUCUCCCACGUCCCGCCUGUGCCCUCCUUUGAGAAGGCGAGGCAGCCGGCCUCAGCACCUCCACAGCAUCAACAGCACCAGCAGCAGCCAGCGAUCCGCCGCCAGCCUUCCGAUCAAGCACAACCGCAGUCUGCCCUCGCCCAGCUUUACCACGAGCAACGCCAGCAGCAGCAGCAGCAGCCGCGCGCUCAGAGUCUCAACGCUCCACCGCCAAGCGCGCCACCUUCCCUCUCCUCCGGCCCCGCCUCCAAGUCAAAAGAUCGCGAGAAGCGCUCGGGCGGCUUUGCCAGCUGGUUCGGCAUCGGUAAAGACGACGAAGAUGGAGCGCGUGCUGAGAAGAAGAGGGAGAAGGCAUCGCGCAAAGAGGAGGCUGCAGCAGCAGCUGCAGCUGCCGCGGCGUCGAACACAGCGGGGCCCUAUGCUACAACGCCUGGCAGUGCGCCUACGGGCGGUGGUGGCAAAGCCGACAAGGGCGAGAAGGAAAAGGGCGAAAAGGAUGUAGGCUCCUUCCUUGGCGCCUUGUUCGGCAAGAAGAAGGGACACGACGACGCCGAGCGCUCCAGCUCUGCCUCUGAUCGCCAUCGUGGAGGGCAGGGCUACGAUGGGCAGCUCACCGCCGGAUCGCUACUGGACCAACGCUAUUCGGGCGGACCGGGAGGGGCGAUGCGUCAUUCCUACCGGUACCCGAUCCAUAUCGAGCGAGCCGUAUACCGGCUCAGUCAUAUCAAGCUGGCAAAUCCGAGACGCCCGCUUUAUGAGCAGGUGCUGAUCAGUAACUUGAUGUUCUGGUAUUUGAGCGUGGUCAACCGUAGUCAGCAGCAGGCACAGCAGCAGCAGCAGGCGCAAGCCCAAGCCCAGCAACCGCAAGCGAGUCAACAGCCGCAAGCCCAGCAGCAGCAGCAGCAGCAGCAGCAGGAACAACAAAUCGCCCAAGCGACUCCCAAGGAUCACGGGGAGCAACCCUCUGCUCAGCCAGGAGCAUCUCAGUCGGAUGUUCCUCCCUCUCAACAGGCCACGGCCUUGAGCAGCGCUGGCAGCUUCGAGCACCCCUCUGGCGGGGACACCCCCAUCGCUGAGCCAGCCGCUCCCGCCACAGCCCCUGCCCCGCCUUCACGUACUACGCCCUCGAGCUCCUCCUCCUCGCCCUCGUCCUCCUCUCCAACAAAGACCAAAAAGUCCGGCCUGGUCAAACCCAAUCGCGCCCCUCCCGGGGGUCAUCGAUCAGCCGAAACGCCCAUCCUUGCCGCGGGGUACGGGGCGCAGCAUCGUCAGAUCAACAAUGACCUUGCGCUCCAACAGCAUCAGGAGCGUCAACAGCGCGGUGCUGCUGCCCAGCAGGAACGCCAGCAGCAGCAGCAAGCGGGUGGAGGGAGGAGUGGCCAGCCAGUCCAGGAGUACAGCCUCGCGGCAGCUACCGGUGGGAUCAGUGUGGGACAGGUCAUAGAUCCACGGGCACUGCAGUAUGCCUAUUUGCAGCAGGCAGCGGGUCAGGAGCCAACGCGCGAGAGGGAGAGAGAAGAGGAUUCCGCAUCGAUGCGAUCGACGGGAAGUGCUGGGUCCACCACUAGUCCGAGGACUAGCCCCGCAAUGGCACCCCAGCGUUCUCGUGGCCUUGGCGGGGCAGGGAGUGGAAGUGGAAGUGGCAGUGGAAGUGGCAGUGCGGCUUCCUCAAUCGCCCCCUCUGGCUCGGGCUCAGGAGCGGAUCUUGCAAGCAGUUCGGGCGCUUGGCUCGGUGGGGGGCGGAACAGCGGGAGUAGCAGCGGUAGCGGCAGCGGUAGUGGCGGUGACAGGAACGACUGGCCUGUAAGCGGUACCGGUGCAGCUGGCGGGGGAGGCGCUGCUGCGAGUGGGAGGACGCCACGGUCCGCUGCUGCUUCUCCUGCUGCAGCGACGACUAUGAGCGGUACAGGGCGAGCGAAUGGAGAUCAGUCCAUGCCACGAGGACGGGAAGUGAGCGGAAUAGGUGCUGAGGAGCACGAUGCCCCUUCUACAGCCAGCAGACCACCAGCAGCGCGUCGUAUCCCUUCCUCAUCCUCUUCCUCAUCGGCCUCGGCCUCGGCUUCCUCGGGCUUCUAUCAGCCUGACACCAGCGUCAGCGGUGCGCCUCGGAGCAGCGUUGAGACGAGGGGCAGCACGGAGAGGUUGAGGCAGGAAGGAGGCGAUGUCGCUGUCCUCGGCAGUACGGUACGUCGGCCGAUGGGGGGUGCUUCGAGCUCCAACGACCUCAAGACGUUGAGUGGCGGCAGCGCUGCUAGUGCGGGUAGGGCGGGGGCGCAGCAGCAGCCUUCCCGCUCAGUAUCUUACGGCGCGUGGGAGUGGCAGCAUCAGCAGCAGCAGGGCGCCGAUCUGGGCGCUUCUGGUCCUGCCUCGAGGUCUGGCGUUAGGUCACCUUCGGCUUCCGCCGCCAGGAGAAGAGAGUAG